UUUGGAAAGAAAAGUUUGAUUCACUUUUUUGAUUUAAAAAAGUUUUAUAUCUCUUUACUUAUUGGCGGUGCUGAAAUGCUUUAAUUAGCUGAAUUAUUGCGCAAUUUGUCAAGAAAAGCUCAAAUUUCAAUAUUGGAGAAUCUAAAUAUGUUUCGUGAAAAUAAAGGAAGUGUUUACAAUUGCUUUAUAGAAUGAGGAAAACUGCUUUUCCAUAAGUACAAACGUAAAGAUGAAGUAAUCCCAAGAUUAAUUGUUCCACUUUUCCACGGAGAUAAAAAAAUAUAGUACUAUAAUUCGGGAUAACUAAUUUCGGAAUUAAUUAUAUAGUAAUUUUCUCCCCAAACAAACAUGAGAUAAACUCUUUUUAAAUUUAAUUCUGAAAUUAAUUAUUCUUUAUCGCUCGUACUAAAUGAGCGCUUAGUUAUCUAGAAAUUAAGAAUUGCUGAGUAAUGAUUGAUAAUAAUAGUCGGCGUAGCCAAAAUCAUGCAGUUAUAGAGUAAGGUACAAGUACUAAAGGCCAAUACAUCUUAUUCAAAGAUUUUAAAUUGAAAUAGCUUCAGCUCGGACAAUGAUAAUAAUUAUAAUAUUAUGUAGUACAGUAAAUGUUAUGCUUCCAAAGUCGAAAUUAGUGAUAUUUUAGAUUUGCUUAUUUUGUGGAUAUUUUCUCCAGCUAUCUAGCUCUUCUACAUAUCUCCUUUUUGGACAUAAUUGAUUAUCUUUCGGCAUGGUCGCACGUAAUCUUUCUUCCCAAACGAGUCCUUUUAUUUAUUUGAAAGAUGGGCAUUGCAUUCGGUCCGAAAGGCAUGAUUUUCAAAAAUACCUUUAUGCUGACACACAAACGUAUUAUUUAACUCAGAUAGUUAAAACUUGAAUUUGGAAAAGAUAAAAUAAAAAAUAGUGAUCCCUUCUUGUGGCUACAAGGAACUUUUCUCGUUUUUAUCUCUUGGAUGUAUCUUUUUACUAGAUUAAAAAAAAUGUUUACAUUGUUAAUGACGUUCAAUACUUUUACUUUUAACAAUAGGUUAGGCAUUAGUUAUUCUUUGUGGUGGAGUUGGUAGUAGUAGUAAGUAGUAAAUUAAAAUUGAGAUGCAAACAAAGAAGCAAGAUUCUACUUUCUCUAUAUUUCUUAUCUUUACUAUUUGGCCUUUUGUUACAUUAUUUUGCAUUUUUCUUGUUUUCUGUGUUGGCUUUUUCUAUGAGGAAACUUGCACUAAUGCAUAUGUCAUUUUUCAAAUGCUAGAGAACUUAGCUUGAGUAUUAUUUGGAAAAAAACAAUUGCAAUAUUGUGAUUAUAUGAUUUGUCAUUUCUCAAGUUUAAAGCCAUUUUUUACGGAUGAUUGUUUGUGAUUAUAUUGUUUAAGUAAACUAAUAGUAUAUAAAUUCUUUUAAUUGUCAGUAUAUAAAAGUUAAGCUCUAGUCACAAACAAUAAUGAGAGCGGUUUUAGAAGAGUUUAACUUCUAUAUAUCACCAAAAUAAGAAUUAUAAGGCAUGUAAAUUACAUUAAAUUUAAAAAUAUAUAUAUCAUCGAUGCAUAUAAUUUAUAUUCUUAUUAGGCGUAAUGGCUUCCUGGCCACUUAAACUUGUAGGGCUUUUGAAAGCCGAUACAUGAACUUUGAAUUUUCCCAUUUGAACACUCAAACUUGAAAAAAAAGAGUACUAAUAAACAUUUUUGACCGUGGAAGCACUAAAAUUGUAUGGGUUUGGUACAGGUCUCAGAAGGAGAAGUGGGGCCAAGGGUAGUUCUAACAGCACCUUUAUCAUUGGAGGGGGAAUCAGAUGCUUCUGAUUACAAAGCUCCUAAUCUGCUACAGCGCAUUCUAAGCCUCUUGAGUAAUGUAGGGCCAGGAUCUGAUCUCACCCGUAUUCAGCUACCUCCAUUAUUCAACCUCCCAAAGUCACAGCUACAAUGCUAUGGGGAAUCAGUAUACUGCAUAAACAAAGACAUGUUAAGCAAGUGUGGGAAAGGGGAAACUUCAGUUGAAAGAAUGACAGCAGUGGUGGGUUGGAGCAUAUCCACAUUGCGCCCUUUGAUGUUUGGUGUGGCUCCUUAUAAUCCCAUUCUUGGUGAGACUCACCAUGUCUCUACAGACUCUCUCAAUGUCCUCUUGGAACAGGUUUCCCAUCAUCCACCGGUGACUGCUCUUCAUGCAACUGAUGAGAAAGAGAACAUUGAAAUGAUAUGGUGCCAUAAUCCUGUCCCAAAAUUCUAUGGUACAAAAAUAGAAACUGAGGUGCAUGGAAAAAGGGAAUUGAAGCUUUUAAAUAGGCAAGAAACUUAUGUGAUGAACUCACCAAAGCUAGUAAUCAGACUUCUCCCAUUUCCUGGUGUUGAUUGGGUGGGAAAUGUAACAAUUAAGUGUGAAGAAACUGGUCUUCAAGCUGAUUUAUAUUACAAAGGAAGUUCUUUCUUAAGCAACAGUGGAAAUAGAUCUGUUAUAGGCAAGAUUUUUAUGCCUUCAUCUUCAAAGACAAUUUGUGAGAUCAAUGGUCAUUGGGACAGAACUGUUACAGUUAAGGAUAUAUCUACUGGAAAAGUCAAUGUGAUUUACAAUGCAAAGGAAGCACUGUCUGGAAUGAAGACUCCUAUUGUGAAAGAUCCAAAGGUUGUUAUGCCAAGUGAAUCAACAGUUGUAUGGGCAGAGCUAAGUCAAGCAAUCCUAAGUAGAAAUUGGGAUAAAGCAAAGCAAGCAAAGACAAUAGUAGAGGAAAGGGAAAGAGAACUUGCAAAAGAAAGAAAGUCCAAAUCUGAAAUUUGGGUUCCAAAACAUUUUACAAUAUCCUAUAGUAAAGAGUCAGGGUGGGAACCCACACCCAAUGAGAAGUGGGUCCCUCCAGCUCCAAUUAUUGUUCCUACUUGAUCAAUAUGUAACGUGGGAAAAUCAAAUUUAGGUCAUUUUCCUACAUUAAAUUCAUAUGUUUAUUUGUAUGUAGGUGUAGUUAUGUAAAUUAUAAAUUGUCAAUCAGUUGGCUCUACUUGUCUCCCUCUUAGUUGUAAUGUAAUCUGAGCUGAUAAUUAAAGGAGUUAAAUUUUGGAAUAGAAAGUGCUGACUUUAAA